GAUCCUCCAGAAGGAAGGGGAAUUGAACUCUCAGGACAGUUUUAGAUGCUGUUCUCAUUUUCAAAAUCACCUCAUCCCAAAUCUCAUUGAUGUGUCUUUGGCUCCAGAAAAAUGUUCCUGCUAUAUGACAAGACUUCAAGAAGAACAUCUUUGAGAACUUCAGCUUUUCUGAUAAUUGUGAUUAAAGUCUUGUGCUGUCAAACCCUCACAUGUCGUCCUGAAGAGUAUCAGAUAGACAAUGAAUGCUGCCCAAUGUGUCCAUCUGGGAGCCGAGUCGAAACAGAUUGUACAGAGUCCAGUGAUACAUCAUGUCUGCCCUGCAUGAGUGGAACUUAUAUGAAUAAACCUACUGGACGUAGAGAAUGUUUCCAAUGCACCAACUGUGAUGCAGGUUCUGGUCUGAAGGUAAAGACGUCAUGUACAACAACAUCAGAUACAGUUUGUGAACCACUUGAAGGAUUCUUCUGUACUGACUUAAUAAAGGACCAAUGUGAAGCAGCACAGAAACACAAGGACUGUGAUCCAGGACAAUACAUCAAGGAAAAAGGUACAUCCUCCUCAGACACUGUGUGCUCUGACUGCAGUGAUGGAACAUUUUCAGAUGGAACAUUA